UUUACAGAUUUCUUUUCGAGUGACGGAGUCUCGACAAUAGAAGUCUCGAAAACAGUGUUUUUCAACUAAAAUUCUUUUCUCCCUGUCAACAAAAUGAAAACUUAUAGCCGAAAAAAAGGCGAUAGUCCGAGUAAUGUUAUUGUUCACAUUAAUGAGUUGUGUCGAUUGUGUUUGGCGAAAGAUGAAGAAAUGGUGCCGAUUUUCGACGACGACGCUAUUCCACUGCCACUUCGCAUUAUGGCCUGUGUUAAUCUCGAGAUAUAUGAGGAAGAUGGUUUGCCAAAUAUGAUUUGCCAUCCGUGCAAAUAUCAGCUGGAAAAAGCCUAUCAGUUUAAAAAGAAGUGUCAGGCUGCAGACUCAAAAUUGCGAAAACAUAUGAGAAUGAUUACGCAAAUAACUGGUGAGGAUGAAGAUGGAGAAGAAAGUCAAGACAGUGCAAACACUUCUAAUGAACAGCCAUCCAGCAGUGGCAAAUUCAAGCAAGUCAAACAAUUGCUAGCGGAUUUGGUUUCCACGAAAGAAGGCGUUGAACUCGACGGCGAACCCAUCGAAGUCACCGAAGAAGAACUUGUUGGUGGAUACAUAUUAGGAAUGGCUUCCGAGAAUCAGGAUUAUGAGGAAAAUUUGUCGGAGGGUCCGGAAAAUAUAACCCUAGUGCCAGCCGAGGAAAGAACGGCGAAAGCUCGAUGCACAAUGCGAGCGAAUCGUAUCAAGCAAGAGCAGGAGUCGGAUGAUGAGGCCGAUGAGGUGCAGAGAGCAAUGGCAAAUGCCGAGCACAAAAAUGUUUACAUGAUGGAGCUGAGCAGCAACUCGGGCGGGCAAACGAUGAGCCAAACAAUUGUGGGCGAAGCCACCGAGGAGUUGAAGGUAUUCCAGUGUGACAAGUGUCCGAAGGCGUUUACGCGCCGCAUUAUGCUCAAGAGUCAUCAAUCGGUUCAUUCGACACAGCGUGGAUUCACCUGUCAGGCCUGCGAAAAGUGGUUCCCCACCCGAUCUGCUCUGGUACGACACGAGCGAACACAUACUGGAGAGAAGCCAUUUGGCUGCAACAUUUGCCAUCGAGCUUUUGCCCAGAAGGAAAUUUUGCUUCGCCACUUGAUGACCCACUCGGGGCAGAAGCCAUUCCAGUGUACAAAUUGCGAAAAGAGUUUCACGCAACGAGAGGCGCUGAAAGUUCACAUGAGAAGGCAUCAAAAAUUGGACCCGAAUGACAUUCAAUUGCAUCACUGUCAGCUCUGUCCCAAAGCCUUCUGUCACGCUUCCGGUCUGAGCAGGCAUUUGGUCACGCACACCGGAAGAACCUACAAAUGCGUCGAGUGCGAGAAAUCCUUCACCGACAAGAGUUCGCUCCUCCGACACAGUCGAAUUCACGCGACGAAAACGGCAAUGUUGGUACAUCCGAGUGGCAAUUACGGAGUUAUGCGGAAUGAGAAUGAGAAUUUCAGUCCGAAACAGUCGAAAUCGUCGAUGAUUGUCCAUUCGGGGGAAAGUUACGGAGUCAUUCGAAAUGAAAAUGACAAUUUCGGCCCGAAUCAGCAAGCAUGAUUCCGAGGCAGUGCCGCCGGAAAUUCAUUCCGAAUGAAUCGGAAGAGGUCUGGCAGAAAAAGUCGUUUCGAAUGAAUCCGAGAGUGUGUGGAUUUAAAGGGAAUGGAAAAUUUUCUUUGGCACUGGUGUGGAAUUUAUUUUGACGGAAGUGCGAAUUGAAUGACUAUUAGGUUUAACUUCCGGCCUUUGGCAGAAAUAAUGUUGGAUCAAAUCAAGUUUUUGAGUCUC